GCACAUUUAUUUUUCUCUCUCAUUCGAUGUGCACUCACUUUAGCCGGCACACGCAUUUUUUGUAAUUGAUAACUAAAAUGAAUUACUACGUUUGCCUGCAGCAGGAAGGCAUUAAUGAUAUUGCCAAAUUUAUCAAUAAGGCGCAAGCUAAUAACUACAAUGUCGUCGCUACAUCAAUCAAUGCCAAUAUACUGCCAAUGGAGCCAUUCGAAACAGACCCCACAUAUCCGGCUACAUUACUUAAGGCCGACGAAUGGAAUUCUAAAGUAUUAUUUUGUUUAUCAGACGUUGAUGUGGAUUCGCCAAAUGUCAAGCUAAGUGAAUAUUCCAAAGCGAUGCUGCUACGCGACAUCACAUGGGCUGAGCAUCUGCAAAACAAUGGUAGUGUUAUGAUUCGUCUACGAGGACCCAAAAACGAGAAUCUUGCCAAGAUUAUAGAAGCAAGGAACAAAGGUUCCUGGUUUAUUCAAGUGCCUAUUACGAAUCCUGAGAUUGCAACCUUUGAACAUCGUAAAGAUGCAACCGACAAGGAAAUUGAAGAGGCCCAAGAAGUGGAUCCAUGGAGCUGGUGGAAUGAUUUACGUUUUGCCGUUAACCACAAUGCCAAAGUCAAAGUUGUGCUGGAGUUGAAUGAUUCAGAUCGGCCCAGUCGGGAGACUGUGCGUCGUUGGCUCGGUGAGCCCAUCGAGGCCGUAAUAAUUCCAUCUAGCUUAUUCAUUCUGAACCGUUCCAAUUACUAUGUGCUCAACAAGGAAUGGCAGGCUAUAAUCGGCCAUUUCAUCAAUGUGCGUGCUAACAUUAUAAUCUCCGCCACUGCCAAUGACCACGGUAUUUCCCAAUAUGCAGAUUACAUGAGAAAACUGAUCAAUGAUAACUGCGACACACACUCCUUAAAUAGCUAUGAGAAUGUGCUGGAGAUUCCACUACAGCCGCUCUUCGAUAAUCUGGAUAGCUAUACUUAUGAGAUCUUUGAGAUAGAUCCUGUUAAAUAUAAACUAUAUCAAGAUGCCAUAGAGCAGGCGCUUCUUGAUCGUGUCAGCGACGAGGAAGCCAAGCGUACCCUGACUGUGAUUAUGGUGCUGGGUGGAGGACGUGGACCCUUAGCGCGUGCUGCAUUUAAUGCAGCGGAAAAAGCCAAACGUAAAGUUCGCGUCUAUAUUAUCGAAAAGAAUCCCAGCGCCAUUCGCACCCUUACUAACAUGGUCAAGACGCUGUGGUCUAAAAAGGACGUGCACAUAUUCUCAAAGGAUAUGCGUGAUUUUGCGCCACCUGAACUUGCGGAUAUCCUCGUCUCUGAAUUGCUGGGCUCCUUUGGCGACAACGAGUUGUCGCCUGAGUGCCUGGAUGGGGCUCUUAAACUGCUGAAAGAGGAUGGCAUCAGCAUUCCCUGUAAAUCCACAUCUUACAUAAAUCCUUUAAUGUCCGCUGUGCUGCACAAUAAUGUCUUGCAGACGUCAAGCGUGUCUGCCUUUAACUGCGGCUAUGUGACGUUGCUCAAGAACAUUUACCACAUUGACGAGCCGAAAGCGUUGUUCGAGUUCAAACAUCCAAAUCGCGACAAGGUUGUUGACAAUACACGCUUCAAGGAGCUCUUAUUUACGGUCGAAAAGGAUUGCGUACUCCAUGGCAUUGGCGGCUACUUUGACACAAUGCUUUACAAGCAGAUUAGCUUAAGCAUCAAUCCUCUGACGCAUACGCCCGGCAUGUUUUCAUGGUUUCCCAUGUUCUUCCCUACGCAACCUCGAACUGUCAAACAGGGCGAUACAAUUUCAAUCAAGUUUUGGCGUUGCGUUGAUCCUGGCAAGGUCUGGUACGAAUGGCAACUAAGUGCUCCUGUCGAGAGCGAGCGUCACAAUGCUGAUGGCACGGGUUACAACAUGCGUUUAUGAAUAUAAAUACGAUAAUCUGCAAUAGUAUAUACUACAACAAGGGUCUUUAUAUCGGGGGUACAACAUCUUUAUUACACAAUUGAUAGUUCAAAUAAUAAAUAAAUCAUAAAAAGAAGAAACACUACAAGUAAAUUGUCUGCGACUUUUAUUUAAGUUUAUAUUUGAAAAGUUUAUAAAUAUGCUUAAACGUAGUUAUGUGUCCUUAAAUAUCUGUGGGUGUUUUGUUGUUGUUGUAAAAUUUAGUUAAUAAUUUCCUUUUUUCCUCUCAUUUAUUUAAUUAUUUAUAUUUAUAUAUAUAAGUAUGUAUAUUUAAAGCGCUGCACAUGAUCGCAAAACGACAUUCUUUAAGCGAAGGCAUUUUUAUUUUAGGUUAAGUAGGUUAAAGCGGAGCUGAACUGAAACUGUACUGUACUGAAACUGGGCGGUAAUUUAGGAGUUAACAGCGCCAACCUGAGCCAUUGUAGCACCACCGGCGGCACCGC